AUGGAUUUUGAAGAGUUGAAGGUGGUGUUGAAAGAGAUUAAUGAGGAGUUGGGGGAGAGGAAGUGGGAAAAGGCGUUUGGGGAGGAAGCAAAGAGGGAGGCGUAUGCUGUGAGGUGGAGUCCGAGUAGGGCGUUGGCGUAUGCGAAUGUGUUGGCUGAGUUGUGUGAGCAAAGACCUGAAGACGAUUGGGUGCAGCGAAUCACCAAUUCUGCACUUUCACGCAAGAUGAAAGCGAUUUGUUUUGGAGGCGGUGCUGCAGAGGUUAUGGCAUUUGCUGGAUUGCUUCGACAUUUGCGACCGGAUGCUUCUGGAAGGCAGCAACAGGAACUGGAUGCUUUGACUAUUGAAGCUACGCCAGAGAUUACUGAUUCGUUACUGGAUAUCACACUUGUCGACUCUGCGGAUUGGUCUUCUGUGCUCGAUAAACUGGUCAAAGCCACCACAACACCACCGCCAUUGUCAAAAUACGCAUCCGCCUCUGCCAGAGCCGCGAACACUGCUCUGCUCGCGCCUCAAAGACUGACCGUCAACUUCGAACAUCACGACAUCUUCGACCUCAAAACCACUCAACUCAAAGAACUCCUGAGCACAGAAGAACCAGUGCUAGCCACGUUCUUCCUGACUCUAGGAGAUCUCUACAACACCUCCAUUCCCAAAACAACCGCGUUGCUUUAUAAGCUCGACGCCUUGUUACCUAUUGGCAGCACCAUCCUCGUCAUCGACAGCAUUGGCGCCUCAGUCUCAGCACCAACACCCUCAUCCGACGAAGCAACAGAAUACUCCAUAUCCUGGCUGCUCUCCCGCGUCCUCCUCGGCAAACCAGCAGAACCGCUCCAAACACAAGGAAAAGGCAANAAAGCCAUCGAAGAAGAAGAAGCCAACCUCCCAGCCCCAAAAUGGCAAAAACGCAUCCACGAAGAAAUGAAGAUCAAUCGUUUGGACGAAAAAUUGAGAUAUCCAGGCAGUUUGGAGAAUCUGAAAUUUCAGGUUUUGGUGUUUGAGAGGGUGUAG